CAUGCGCAACAGUGACCACGACUUAGAAGUUGGCUUGGAAACGAAGACCGACAGCAAUGCACCACCGCCCUGGAUUGAUGCCUUGGAAGAAGCUCAUUAUAUUAUUACUAGGUUAAGAACAAAGCUGUCCGAGCUUCAGUUCCGCCAUGAGCGUCAGAUCCGCCGUCCGGCACUGGACGAUAGCACAGAGAAGCAACACAUCGAAAGGCUGGCAACUGAAAUUGGGAGACAUUUCACUCAAGCACACUCGCACUUAUCUUCUAUCAAAGCGCAGGUUCGACAUGGUAACAAAACUGAACAGAAACUUACAUCAAACGUGGUCUUAGCCCUUGUUACCACUCUACAAGACCUCAGCGUUACAUUCAGAACAGCGCAAUCAAAUUACUUGAAAUCCUUAACUUCCAGAGAGGAACGAAACAACGCUUACUUUGACUUGCCAAACUUUGAAGAAUUAAGUUUAGAUGACAACGACUUGUUACCUGGAUUAACGAGCAAUCAAACGGACUUAUUAUUUUCAUUACCAAGCACGUCUGGGACACAAAAAAGCUACAUAGAAGACGGACAAACCAUAGAUGAUAUGUUUCAAAAGCCUUCGUUAAGUCAGAAACAGAUGUUGUUAAUACAGGAAGAGAACACAAGUAUGGUUGCACAGAGGGAAGAAGAAGUAAAUAAAAUUGUUCGUUCUAUAGUGGACUUGAAUGAUAUAUUUAAGGACCUCGCACACAUGGUUCAUGAGCAAGGUACCGUGUUAGAUAGGAUAGAUUAUAACAUAGAACAAACUCAAUAUCAAGUGCAAGAAGGAUACAAACAGCUGCAGAAGGCCGAUAGGUAUCAAAGGAAAAACAGAAAAAUGCAUUGUAUUCUUAUUUUGGCAGUGACUUUGAUUGUAAGUGUGAUAUUACUCAUUAUUGUGAAGAGUUAGUUUUAGUGUUGGAAAAUGCCUUAUAUUCCGUAGUUGAUGAAAAUUUGGAGACCAAUUGGCAUAGUCGCUGAACGUCCAAGUUACACAAUACCAAAUUAGCAAAAUACCCGCUAUCCGGGAUGCUAUUUUUAUUUCAAAGGGAAAGUAGAGUCUUGCCUUUGUUCAAAACAUUCAAAACUGGUUAUGAAAACUCAAUAAAAUGUGAUGUCCAGUUUAAUAAUUACAGUUUUGAAAAUGCUCACAAUAUAACUCUGUGUUAUAACAUAACUAUAAUUCUUGCUGUUAUUCGUUAUUCGUGAUGUAGGAACCGAUAUAUGUAUGUAUAAUCAAUUUAUCUAUGGGUUUUGAGUACGCGCAUGCGUCAUUCUUGCUCAUUUUCUCUACAACUGGUUAGAUUUUAACCUUCGCCAUUUUGCGAUGUGAAUAUGUAUAGCAUCACCAUGUUUUUUGAUACCCAGUGACGGGACGAACAAGUCGUCCGACUGGCUGUAAGCGACACGCCUGUCCAUGGCAGUUGCAGUGCCACUUAGAGCUAUAAGUCACAGAGAUCUGAGGGGCACUGCCGCUGCACCCGUUACCCUGAGAGGUAAGUUGACAAGUCUCACAAGCCUGUAAUUUCACGAACACUAACGCUUCAAAAACAAAACUCAGUAAUGCCCACAUUACAGCAGUACUUUCGUGGACGACUUCUUUCAAAAGUAAGUUUGAUUUUUAAUUUAAUAAACACAUCCACAAUAACGAAGUAGUUGAAAACUACAAAAGACAUUUUGCGACUGUGACAUUUUGAGUCCAAAUCCGAAUCGUUUAAAAUAUGUAUUGGUAUUGGUGCAACGGGCUAGUAAGACAGACGUUUUGUUACAGUUUCGAAUUAAUCAUUUUGUAAGUGUUGAGUGUUGUCAAACAAAAAUCUGUUCUUAUCAAAAUAAUUUAACAAUGUAAUUUUUCUUAUAAUAUUGCGAUUGCUAUCAUGCUAUACUGCAUGCUGAAAGUAUCAUAUCAGGCAACGAGAUAGAGCAUCUUUAUUACCCUGUAGAAAUGUAUUUCAAUCUCUCUAAAUCAAUACACGUCCAUAACCCUAUUGACGCAUUGCCCGAAAGUCUAUCGGCCUAUUCAACCUCGUUAUUUCCGUUAUUUUAUUAU